AUGAGCUCUAGAUCGCAGUUCGACUCCCCCGGUUCUCUUUUUACAAAAUCUGGAAACAUCAAUCCCAAUGACAGCAUCUUCGGGUCCUCGAUCGCAUCCUUCGAUUAUCCAGCACCACGGGGAAGGAAAGCAGCGCCAGCCAAGUCCUUUGCGCCCUCUCAAUCUCUGUUCAGUGUGACAAAUGAUAGUCGGUUCGGCGAAUCGACCAAUUUUGAGCCGUCAAAUAGUUUCACCUCGUCGCAAAUGGAAGAAGAUGUCGAGGGUGAGGAGGCCGUUCUAGAGGAACAAGAAGUGGAUGGCGAUAUGGAUGUAGGCGAUACAACUGGAGAUGGCAACCGCUUGAGCUUCUUAGACUCCCAGUUUGGAAAGCCCGCUUUUCCACAGGCCUCCUCGCAAGGUCAACGAAAACCGAUAUAUACAAAUCCAAGCAAUGCGAAGCGGCCUAAGCUCGAUGAAAAAUGGGCAACUCAGUCACCUCUACGCAAAACGAAACUAUCCCCUAAGAAGGACUCUCCAAUGCCAUCAAUUAUGCGAAACUUCACGUCAAGAUCACGUAUCGCACCGGUUGAAGAGCCGAGCCAAGUCAUUAUCAAUACGGAGGAUGAAAUAUGUCGCUUGUACGACGAAGUGCGGAAGGCUGAAUACCAAGACGUGGAUUUCCAGGUCACGUUGUCAGAGGUCUGUAGCCAACUCACGGAAGAUUGGGAAUUAUAUGCAGAGUAUGAGGGCGUGUCCCGGGUCUCUAGUACACAAGUGGGCCCCGGGGACCAUGCUCCUGGCGUGAUAAAAGCAAGCUUCCUGGGUUCUUUGUUGCUACAGCUUCACCACCCCCCUCUUUCAAGUGAGAGGUCAGGAGGUUUCCCAAACCCCUUAGGCUUUGCGGCACCGCAAAGUCUUGUGCUUGCCGGCUCGAGAACUAGUGCGCCUAUCCCUAUACCGAAGCUGCUCCUUGAUUGGCUUAAUAAAAAUUAUCCUCAGACGGCCGAAUUGCGAUCAUUGAAAGAUGUGGAGCCAAAUCCUACUGCGUCUUCAAACUUUUGGGAGAUUCUCAAGGCCGCUGUAUUGCGCGGUCAUAUUCCUGAAGCUGCAGACAUCUUGCGAGUUGCAGAUUUUAAUUACGCUAGGUCUGCACUGGAGGACGGCUUGCCACAAACGGGUUAUCGUGGGGCACAGUUACAGAAUAUUCAGAAGUGCGUCAAUAGAGCCCUACAGAUCCUAGACUCGUGCCCUGGCACUCAGCACGGCGAUUGGGACGUUAGGGGAACCGAGUGGGGCAUGUACAGGAGACGUGUGCUUGCUGCGGUGACAGACCUUGAGGAAUUUGCUGAAGGUGGUGAGCAACAAGAGUCUGAGCCCCCUGUUGUGGGCAAUCGUUUCCAGGCAAUAAAUUUCGGAUUGAAACCCAGCGCUGCGGCGGGUGAAUUUUCCUUUGCGCAGUCCGCACGCAUGGCAGAAAGCCGCGUCCCGUGGACGAUUUACCAAAACCUGAGAUCCCUCUACCGCAUUAUCCUCGGCGAUACGAGUGCUAUCAUGAAUCUUGCACAGGACUGGGUUGAGGCGACUGUCAGCUUGACCGUUUGGUGGGACGGGGAAGAUGAUGAGAGUUCAGCGCAAAGCAACGGACUUGGUGCCAGCACUAGCAUUCACUUUCUCCGUCCUCGAGUAUCGAAACCGCAGCAUUCCAGCAGCAAUUCUGAGGAUGCUUAUCUGCGUCGCCUUGAUCUGGCCUUUAAUAGUGCGACAAAUGCAGAAUCAGAUGAAGGCGGUUUCCGGGUUAACUCUCUCAGCAGCAUCGAAGUUGGACUGGCCUCCGUCUUUGAAGGGAACGUUGAUGGUGUGUUAGAAUUGCUUCAGACGUGGUCACUUUGCGUUGCGUCUGCUGUAGCUGAAGUUGCGUCUGCCGGUGGCUGGCUAGAGACGGCAACCGGGGCAAAGCCGCUAACAGGCCUGAGCGAGAAUGACUUGAUAGUUCUCUCCUAUGGUCAAGAUAGGAAAUCGCAGAAGGGCAGUAUUAGCAAGGACAGCAUUCUAAGCAGCUAUGCAUCUGGGUUAUUUGAGCGCGGAAGCAUUGAAAAUGGUGUCCGACAGGGCUGGGAAUUGGCACUCGAGGUUCUAAGCCGCUUAAAUGACCAUGAGAAGAUGCAGAAGAGCGUGUCAGAGCUAUUAGAUAAGUUGCCGCUUGACACCGCGGAGCAGAUGGACAGGGCCGUGUUGCUAUGCUCUGAACUCGGUCUAGAGAAGGAAGGGAAACGAGUCUCUGAGCGUUUUGGCGAUCUUACGGUAUCCAAGACCGAAGAAUAUGGACUUGCUUUAAUCUGCUAUGCUCGGGCCCACAACCGACGAAAGGUCAAGUCCGUGGUUGAUCUCCUUAUCUCUUACAGUCUCGUCCAAUCACGCGCGUAUCCUGCACAUGCAAACCUUGAUGAACAGCUCUACUCUUUGAUCAGAGAACCUAAGGCAUGCCUCUCGGCCGUUGCUGGGGUUGAUGAGGAAGCUGCCGGUAUUCUUCAAUUUUACUUCAGUGGUUAUGCGACUCUACGACGAUACUAUGAGACUCGUGAUGAGACUGUUGGUCUCGAAGAGGGGCAAAAGCCACGGUUCAAACCUUUAGCCAGACGGCGAGCGGCAGCCCAAGCUUUGGUUGCGGUCAUCAGCAGUGCUGCAGAUAGUAUUUACGGUGGCCUUUACGACCCUGAUCGAGAUUCUGCAGUGCAAGUCGAUGGCUUAUUAGCGCUUCUAGGAGAGGCGCUGCCGUUUGUCGAACAAUCUACACCCACUCUUUCCGUAUCUCAACAAUCCGCUAUUCUGUCCGCCAUUGAGGAUCUUGAGACAGUUACACCCCGCGUCUAUGCUCAGUGUGAGGAGUGUUUCCGCUCUACACUCAUCGAAUACCACUCCUCCAAGCGCCCAGGCGCUGAUUCGGCAUCUAAUGACUCUUCUGUUCUCCCACCAUCUCCUCGCGCACUUCUGAAAAAGUCCGUCUCUUCGCUGACAGCUUCGAGCACCUUCUCGUUCAUCGGUAGUGAUAUGAUCGAGUCCGCACGGAACCGGUCCGGAUCCGGAUCUGCUGGCAGCUCUGGCGUGUUGGUGCCUCGUUCCGGUGGUGAUGCUCCCUCGGCGUAUCAUGAGCGAGGCUGGGACUGGCGUGCUGGUCUGCCGGAGGACGCCAAGGGAGAGGAUAUUCUCCGGAUGUUGCGGUUGGGGCUUGCAAGGGGGCUGAGUUUUGGAGCUCUUGGGUCGGUCUAA